AUGAACUUUCCCGGCAUGAGCGGUAACACAACCGCUGGCGCAGCGGUGCCAGCGGUCCCUGGCAUGGACAACGAUCCUGGCGUGAAAGCCAUGAAAGCUGCGAUGGAGUCAUGCGCAGGAAAGACAGUCAUGUCCGGCGUAAUGGGGUUCGGAAUGGGUGGUCUCUUUGGCAUGUUCAUGGCAUCCAUGUCCUACGAUACUCCCUACGGCAGCCCCGGCACACCAGGCAACUCGCUCCAAGGCCUACCCCUCCGCCAGCAGCUCAAACUCGGCUUCAAGGACAUGGGCACGCGCUCCUAUUCCAUGGCCCGCAACUUUGGCAAGGUCGGCGCGCUCUUCUCCGGCAUCGAGUGCGGUAUCGAAGGCCUACGCGCCAAGAACGACCUCGCAAACGGCGUCGCCGCAGGCUGCCUGACGGGCGGAAUCCUGGCGAAGAACGCAGGCCCGCAGGCAGCAGCGGGCGGGUGCGUGGCAUUUGCGGCAUUCAGCGCGGCGAUCGAUGCGUACAUGCGACAGCCGAGCGACGAAUAG